AAUAUUUUAAAAAUAUUUUCUCUAUGUUCUUUUUCUUCAUGUUACUGACACUUGCUACUAAUGCCUCCUUCUGUUAACACAGAAAUUCCUUUUUUUGUAAAAGAGAAGAGCCAAACAAAAAAAAAUGGACACAUUGGUCAUCAUGACCAAUUAGCCAUACCUUUCAUUUCUCUCCUUGUGCCCCUUGGGAUACACACUUAGCAGUGGUUUUGCUUUGUCAGAAAUAAUGAAGAAUCAGAAAGAUACAGGAUAAUAGCUAGAAUGGUAAGAUCAGGUGAAAGUUUUUGAAGAUGGGGAGACAUAGCUGACUUUUAGGGAGCAAAGAAAGAGUCAAUAGAAAGGCAUAAAGGAUAAGGGGGGGGGAAGUACUGAUAGAGGAGACAGUCUAUUGGAGAAGAUAGCACAAAUUUAAGUCAAGUGUUCAUGUAGAAUGGUUUUCCUUAGCAAGGAGAGAGUCACCUUUUCAUGUGAGUUAGAGAUAAAGAAAGAGAUUGGAAGUCAUUCAAGGCUGGCAUUUGGCAAUGCAUGAUUGGUGAUAAGGCAAGGGAUCAAGGUAUUUAAGUGUAAAGACUAGUAUAGAGUUUAAAGUGCAUCCUCUACAGCGGUGAUGCAUUGGGAAAGAUUUAAGGGGUAUGAUUAUUCUAUACUUGAAAAAUUAGCAAUGUGAGAAAUUGAGAUAUUAGUAUACUGAGGUAUACUAAUAUCACAGCUAGAAAAAAUGGCCAUGAAUUAGGAACUGAAUCUCCUGAUCUAGUAUAAUGUCCUGGGAGUAAGUAGAUAAUGAUCAUCAUCAUCAUCUGAUAAAUUUGAACAACAGGAAUGUUAGGUUGCUACUAAAAAGUGUGAGUGGGAGUCAUGGAGUAUUUCCACUACAUCCAUGACUUGAAGGAAAGGAUAUGAGUGAAAAUGAAAUCUGUGCUGGAAAAAAUAACCAAGAAUUUUGUAGCACCCACUUAGUGGGCUAGAGUGAUAUAUAUUGGAAUUAGAGUUGAGAAUAACUGAAGAAGGCAUUUGUAUUUGUACAAAAUCCCAGGAUUGGGAUGAGAAAAAUUUUUAAAGACAUUGAAGAAAUUUGAAGAAACAUAUGACUGGGUAUGAGCAUUCUGAACUCUGAGGAAUUGAUCCAGAUGAAUUAUCAGGAUUUAGACAAAGGAUUAUUGAUCAGGGCAAGUGAUUAGACUGUCCAAAGCCCUCCCUUAAGGUUCAAGCUCACAGCCAGAGGUAGUCUUUCUUGUGGAAUCUAGAUAGGCAGCCUAAAAAGUCAAAAAUAAUUCUGAACUACAAGUCAGUAGGCAAGAAUUCUCACCAUAAAGAAGUAGAUGGACAGCUCUAGAAGAACACUUAACUUUUUAAUUCUUUAGUAUCUUCAAUUAUAAAAGAGAUGGUAAUUACUGAUAACAAGAUGUUAUGACAGUCAGUUAAGAUGAUAAAUGUGAAAAGAUUUGAAAAAGUAAGAACUACAUGGAAUGAUUCAGAGUGAAAAAAGCAGAAUCUGAAGACCAUUAUUUAAAAUGAAAUAAAACACAACAAUGGCAGUAAAUUAAUAUUCACACAAUGACUAAAGUUUUUUUUUUACAAAAAGGAUAAAGGGAAUGAGGACCAUGUAAAUCUAUUUGUAGAAAAGUUAAUUUCAGUAAAGAAUAGAAAUUACACACAUAUAAAAAUCAUUAAUCAGCUUUACAUGAGUUUGAAUUACUAUUUUUCUUAGUGUCUUAGUCUAUAUCUGACAAUGGAAAUCAAAAUAAAGUUAAUCCUUACCUGAGGAAAAAUUAAUAGUGUCUAUUUAUAUAAAUAUAAAUCAUUGUUACUAUUUGAUCCCUUUGCUAUGACCAGUAUCCUUUCAUCCCACAGGUGACACAGAAAAUAACUAUGGACAAGGGGAAUUACACUAUUGUAACUGAGUUUUUUCUGGUGGGGCUUUCUCAUUACCCAGGCCUCCAAAUAUGCCUUUAUGUGCUUUGUUUAUUGAUGUACUUGGUGAUCCUGUUGGGAAAUAGCAUCCUCAUUAUUAUCAGCAUCAUGGAUCCCCACCUUCACACCCCAAUGUACUUUUUCCUUGGGAAUCUCUCCUUCUUGGAUAUCUGUUACACUUCCUCCUUCAUUCCUAAGAUUCUGAUUAAUUUUACAUCUCAAAGAAAAUCCAUUUCUUUCAUUGGAUGUACAUUACAGAUGGUUAUUUCUCUUGGAUUGGGGUGCACAGAAUGCAUUCUCCUGGCAGUUAUGGCCUAUGACAGGUAUGUAGCCAUCUGCAAUCCCCUGAGAUACACCAUCAUCAUGAACAAGGGACUUUGUGCACAAAUGGCAGCUUGGACCUGGAUAGCAGGAUUUCUCAUUUCCCUGGUGCAAACUGUGCUUGCCAUGAUAAAACCUUUUUGUGGGAAUAUCAUUGAUCAUAUUACCUGUGAGAUCUUGGCCCUUCUCAAGCUUAUUUGUGUAGACAUAUCCCUCAAUGUGUUUAUCAUGACAAUUGCAAGUAUUGUUAUCUUAAUCAGUCCUCUGCUGCUCAUUUUCAUUUCUUAUGUUUUCAUCCUUGUCACUAUUCUGAGAAUUAACUCUAGGGAAGGGAGAAAAAAGGCCUUUUCCACUUGUUCAGCCCACCUAACUGUGGUGAUCUUGUUCUAUGGCUCUGCCCUUUUCAUGUAUAUGAAACCCAAGUCCAAAGACACGAAGACUUCUGAUGAGAUCAUUGUGCUUUCCUAUGGGGUAGUGACCCCAAUGCUGAACCCUAUCAUCUACAGCCUGAGGAACAAAGAGGUGAAAGGGGCUGUGAAGAAAGUUCUAUUCAGAAAUCUCUUUUUACAGAAUAUAUGACAAAUAUCAAGGUUUUUAGCCUUCUUCUUUUGCGUGGGGGAUAGCACUAUUGUCUCUUUUGUCAUGUAAGACUGUUGGCAAAGCCAAAUUUGUAAUUACUAUUCUUUUGCACACAAUUUACAGAUUUUUCAAAUAUAUCUUAUUUCUACUCAUUUUACAACUAUGUGGCUUGUGAAUAUUGCCACUUUAUAUCCUCUGGUUUAUUCUGUUUUUUGCUAAAAUAAGUGUCUCAUACUCACACACUCACAUACUGAAUGAUCAUUAGUUA